AAAUGGCCGGUUCCGGUGCUGCCCACUUAAAUACAUCCAAAUUAAACUUAGGAAUAUUAAGAGAUUUCUAUCGUCGUGAAUUUCUCGAAUGUAUCGACAAAUGUAUUGGAUCAAAGGCUUUAGUAUGGGAUGAUGGUUUGACUGGACCAUUUGGCUUGAUAGCUGAGGCUUCUUUGCUCAAGGAACAGCAUGAAGUGGAACGCAUGUUCCGCCUCCAGUCUACAGGUCUGCCAGCCAGCAAUGUACAGAAUAUCAUCUUCAUCACUCGACCCAAGUUGAGCCUGAUGUCAACCAUAGCCAGUUGUUUAGUCAGUGAAGAAACAAAAGGGGGUCAGUCAAGAAAGGAGUUUUAUUUGUUGUUUGUGCCUCGCAAAAGUUUACUGUGUGAAAAAAAAUUAAAAGAAGCUGGUGUGUAUGGAUCGUUUGCCAGUGUGGAGGAGUUUAACCUAGGCUUGAUCCCAUUUGACUCAGAUCUUCUCUCUAUGGAGAUGGAUGAGUCCUACAGGGAAUGCUACCUGGAAAAUGAUUUCACUUCCAUGUUUUUUGCGGCACAGUCUUUGAUGACCUUACAAGCCUUGUACGGAACUAUACCUUACAUCUAUGGGAAAGGUGACUGUGCCAAGCAAGUUGUUGAAAUGCUUAGAAGGAUGAAGAUGGAGCAGGGUGGAUUUGAACCUCAGAUAAGCCCACAGAUAGAUAAUCUUCUGAUUCUUGAUCGCAGUGUUGACCUUUUGACCCCUCUCUUAUAUCAGCUGACUUAUGAAGGUCUCAUUGAUGAAGUUUUCAACAUUAAAAACACAAAUGUGAAGCUCCCACCAGAAAAGUUCCUGACACAAGAAGAAAAGAAGAACAGCAAGGAAGAAGCUCUAACAGAGCCCAAGAAGUUCAUCCUCAACUCUGCAGAUGAGCUUUUUGCUGAGCUUAGGGAUAAAAACUUCAAUGCCGUCGGCACAAUUGUUAGUCGCAAAGCCAAAACUAUUACAGCUGAAUUUGAUGAAAGACAUGCGGCUAAGACUGUUGGUGAGAUGAAACAAUUUGUAUCCAAACUGCCCCAUCUGCAGGCUGCUCGCAACUCCCUUGCCAUUCACACAUCAAUAGCAGAGUUGAUCAAAGAAGUGACAGACUCAGAAGGAUUCUUGGACUCUUUGCGUUGCCAGCAAGAGUUGAUUCAUGGCAUUGACACGGACAAAGUGAAUCCUUAUAUAGAAGACAGUAUAGCCAAAAUGGAACCUCUUUCCAGUGUUCUGCGCCUCAUUUGCAUACAGUCUAUAUGUAAUGAUGGCUUAAAACCUAAGGUCCUUGAAUACUAUAAAAGGGAAAUAAUCCAGACCUACGGCUUUGAGCAUCUAGUCACCUUGUCUAACCUGGAAAAAUCUGGCUUCUUGCGACCACAUUCCAACAAAACAUACCAGGUGAUCAGGAAAACUUUGAGGCUUAUAGUGGAGGAUGUUAAUGAGCAGAAUCCCAAUGAUAUAGCUUAUGUGUAUAGUGGCUACGCCCCAUUGAGUGUCAGACUUGCUCAGUACCUGGCUCGACCUGGAUGGCGGAGUAUAACAGAGGUGCUCAACAUGUUACCUGGGCCCAAGGUGGAGGAGGUGCAACAGAUUCCCAUGGGUCUACGUAAGCGAAGAGCUUCUGUGACUUCAUCUCAGUCAAGUAUGGGGGAGCAAAAGCUGACUUUGGUUUUUUUUCUUGGAGGGGUUACACAGGCGGAAGUUGCUGCUUUACGGUUUUUAGCUCAGCAGGAUGAUGGAGGGACAGACUACGUUGUGGCCAGCACCAGCCUCAUCACAGGUCAGCGACUCAUCAACUCACUCAAGGAAACCAUCGAACCCGUCAAGUUGAACCCAUUUUAGUCUUUCUAACAUGUUUGUCAGCAAAUGCUCAGCUUCUCCACUUCUGUGGUGGCUUUUUGUUUAAUGUCAGAGGCCAUUAGGUCACUAGCUGUGGAGCGGGUCUGGCUGACCACCAUUAGGUCACCAGCUAUUGUGGUGGGUCUAGCUAACCACUAGCAGGUCAUUGACUGUUGUGGUGGGUCUAGCUGAUGGUGAGACUGCAAGUGAUGGUUGUCUUCCUAAUGGAGAUAAAAGGGGCUUUUACUUAACAGUUAUACCAUAAGUACACAGCUAUACAGUAAACAGACCUAUAGCCAGUCAGCAAUCAGCCAUACAGCAUACAGCUAGACAGCAAUCAGCCAUACAGCGAACAGCUAGACAGCAAUCAGCCAUACAGCAAACAGCUAGACAGCAAUCAGCCAUACAGCAAACAGCUAGACAGCAAUCAGCCAUACAGCAAACAGCUAGACAACAAUCAGCCAUACCGCAAACAGCUAGACAGCAAAUAAUCAGACCGCAAACAGUUAGUAAUCUUCAUUACACAGAUUUUAGGAUUUUAUUUGAAAAGCAAAGUUGAUGUUUAUUGAUCUACAAGGCAGAUGUAGCAAAUAAGCAACACAGACACAAUAGACCAAUGUUGACAUCUAGAUAGAAAAUACAACAAUAGCAAGGUUGUCUUGUGGAUAUAUGUGUCUGAAUGAGUGAAGAACUGAGUUGAAGGAGCAUGUUCAUGUACAGAUUGUAGUUCUGUGUUCAUGUACACAUUAUGGUUAAAUGACUAUGCCAAGAAGUAUUUUGAUGUACACAUCAUGGUUUUUAUGUACACACUGGUUGUAUUUUUUUCAGUUUGAAAGAUUGUAGUGCUGAAUGAUUGGUGUGUGGAAAGAUUGGCGUGUAAUGUAUUUUUAUUAUGUGAUACAUAUUGUGAUAUGUACUUUAUCAGUCAAUGUUCAUUAAAAUGAUCACUGGCUUGUUUCUUUACUAGAA